CGCUGGAGCGGGUGGCGGGGGUGGCCCCGCCCCUCAUGGCGCCGUUCCCCGGCGGUUUCCCCGGUAACCGACAACAGCCGCCCGCCCCGAGCCCCUCAGCGAGGCGGUGCUUCCCCGGUCCGAAACCCCCAGCGGGGUGGGUGCCCCGCGUCCAGAGCCCCACAAGCAGGCGAGCGCUCCCCUGUGCCCGGGCUGCCGCGGCGGCAGGAUGGCCACGCAGAGCGCCCCGGAGGGCGCCUGUGAGCCGCCGCCCCGGCCGAAGCCGCCCGCCAAAUCUGACGGGUAUCUAUCCAAACUUAGAGAACUUGUGAAACAUGAAGCAGACAAAAAUAAAUCUCAGUGGAAAACUAUGGGGCCAGCAAAAGUUGCAGUGCCAUCUCCAAACGAUUUUCUGCAGAAACGUUCCAAGGAGCCCAAGCUAGCACCAAAAAAAAAAGAAGAGGAUGGUAAAAAAUUGCUCCCAUUAUCGGUGCCACCCAGGACAUACUACCCAGUUACUCGUAUUAAAAAGAAUUUUAUAAGUAAAAAUGCACUUGCUGUUAUGACAGGGGAGCCUAAAAAGCCUCGACAUUUUUGUGUUGAUACAAGACAGGGAGAUAAAUAUCUCCUUGAACCUUCAGGACUUUUUCCAAAAUACAUUAACAAAAAGAAUUAUGGCAUUUUACCAAAAUAUGUGAUACAGAGAAAUGAAGAAAUGAAGAGAGAGGAGGAAGAAUACCAAGCCAGUGUUUUGGAGCAACUCAAGAAGAAAGCUAUGAAAGUACUAUCUGAAGAAGAAAGGACAAAUAUUCUGAAGGCACUGAAAAAGAACUGGGAGGAAAUAAAUCGUGCAUAUCAAGGUCUUCCAAUAGUAACAGACACCAGGUACAAGCAGAUGCAUAAAGAAGAGCUGGAAUUAAAGCUGAAACAACUGGAGCAUGACAUAGCAGCAAUUGAGAAGCACAAAUGUGUCUACAUUGCAAAUGUGUAAGGAUUGUUGUUCAGAUUCGGCCUCUUUUCUUCUUUUUCUCUGUCCCCACAUCUCCAAGAAGUGCCUUUAAAUUCUCAGAAGAUGCUACUGUCAACUAUUUAGAAGGAAAUACUCAACUAAGUAUGUAGCAUCUUAGAAAAGUUGUUAUGUAUAACUCUCAUCUGCACAAUUCCCCAAACAUUUUGAAAUAAAAUGCUUAACUAAACUUUGAGUAUCAAUAAUGAAUUUAAUUUGUUAUUCUUUUUCAUGUUUAUUAACUACAAAGAUUUCAAUAAGCAUCAUACAGAAAGCAUAUUUCUUAUUUCAGAAAGCAAUGUUUCUUAUGUUUGGAGUACAUCUUUCCUUGCGUAGCCAAAACAAAGGGAAAUAACUGGCUGCUGAAGACAGCUUGGUAAAUAUAACUUCAGGAUGGAAUGGCUUCUGGACUACAUAUUAAAGAGAUAUUGUGCUUUACUUAAAAGCUCAAGUAAUUGUAUUUCUAAACAGCUUGGGUUCUGUAUAACAUUUUGUGUACUUAUUUUUUGUUACCAAAACCAAUUUUUAUUGUGGAAACCUGCAAUAAUACAGACUUUACAAAAUAUAGACACCACAUGUGUGUUUUUACAAGUACAUAGUUCUGUAAUGCUAUAGUAAAUCUACAGUUAAAUUAGAAAAAUGUGUUUUGACUGGAAUUAUGUGUGUACUGUUAGAAUGAAAGCAAUAUACAAGCAUUUGAGUCAAGACUUAGACAAAAAUUAUAUCAACUCGCAAUUGUUUGCAUAGAAGGAAAAACCAUACCUUGAGUUCCUUUCCUGAAUUUGUCAGGGAAUGGCUUUGAAGACUUCACAGUGAUUCUAAGCUCUGUUUCUUGUGCGUGUUAUACUUGUCUAUGACAUACACUAGGAACAGGUGGGUGAGCAGGAAUGUGAAUUUUGUUAUUUGUAACUUAUUGUUAAGCCAUCUUGUUUAAUUUUGAAGGAUAUAAGCUGGAAGAAAGCUGCAGAUUUGUAAAAUGUGGAUUUAAAAGAAAUGAAUGUGUCGUUCAAAAGAAUGACACACUGUAUAUUUUAACAAAACUACACUAAAUUGCUAGCACUUAAUAAUAUGUGGCAUUAUUUUCUAGUGAAGUACCUGAUGCUCCUCUUAAGAAAUUCAGUGUAAUCAGAAAAGGCUGUUUCUUAUGAUUUAAAAUAAAAAAAAAAAAAAGGGAUUUGACUCCACAAGAGCAUCCAUUCCCACUGCCUCCCUGUCAGCCUUUACUUAUUUGCAGACUGGCUGAUUUAGGUCAGGAUCAGUAUCUGGUUCUUCCAUUUAUCAUCAGUGCUAACUUCAUAGAAAUACAAAAUAGGUGUUGGCCUAUCCCAAAAUUUGGGAUGAGCAGCUAGGCCACACUUAGAAACAUUUGUCAUUCACCCAUAUAAAUGAGUGGUUUUUGACAUUGUCAGAAGUAUGUUAACCCAUUAUUAGGAAAUUAGGAAGUGAAUGGGAAGGGAUGCAAAAAGUAUUCCUGCUUAACAGAAGAGGAAGAGACAAAAGCCAGUGUCCUUCUGUAGCUGAGUGGACUGUCACUAGUGUCCUUCAACAAUGCUGUGGCAUUUUUUUCCUGAGCCUCAUAGAGCUCUUUGCAGGUAGAUCUGCUGCAUGUUCCCCUCAUGAGACAUGUGAAUUGCUUCUGUCACCCUAUGGAGAGGCUUUUGGUGUGUAUUCCAUGGAACCUGCCUACACCUCUGAUUAUGGAGAAAAAAUAUAAUGAAAA